GUGUAGUUUACCUGGCAAGUGAGUGCGAGCACCCUUUUCAGGAAGCGAAAUAGCGACACCAAGGGUAAGAACGAAGAGCGUCGCAGUAUCGACGCAUACGUCACCCUUCACUCCCAUACACACACACGCACACACGCCCACACUCACAUCCAGUGGGGGCACUGCAGCUGCGUACGGAAUCGGUCAAAGUAGUAGUUCCUUUACAGCCUUUCGGUUUUCUAUAGCAUUUGCAACAUCAGCGAAUAUACACUGUAUAUUUGUAUUGCUAUUUGGAGGUCCGCCUGAGCGGUCCCUUAUGUGUGCGCCAUCUCCCACGGCUCUCCAACAACUAUCUGCUACUAUUUUUUUGUUGAGCAUCGCAGGAGACAACUUCGUGGACGCUCCGUUGCGGGCGGUCUUUCAUUCUUGCCCCUUUCCAAUCCUUUCUGUUUUUGUUGCUUUUCCGGUUUUCCUCUCGGAGUCACUUGCCACUGCUUUUUGGUUUUUCUCUUCUGCGUUUCCGUGUACCGCAGCCUGCAUGGCGAUGUUGUCCGCCGCUGCUGCGAGGUCGCACCGCACGGCGCAUUACAAUCCGUGUGUCCCGCCCGAGGAUGCCGUCGCCCGCUACUCGUCCUUGCUCAAGGUAAAUGCUGGAACGUGUCUGACCCGGCUGCAGCGUGCCAAGGCCUAUGUUCGGCUGGGCGACUACGCCUCCGCCUGCACGGACCUCGAUGAAUGGAUUCAACAAAACACGCAGAGCACCAAGGGGAGUAGUCUGAACAGAGAGGCGGCGGGUGCCAUGACGGAUGCCCUCUUCUACCGUGGCGUCUGCCUGGCGCGUGUGUCGCAGGUGGCGGCGGCGCUGGAGGACUUUCGAGAGGUGCUGCACUGCGAGCCAACCCGGUCACGGGCGAUGUACGAGCAGGCGGCGUGCGAGGCCCGUCUUGGCGACUUUGGCAACGCCGUGGCGCACUACGAGGCUGCGCUGCAGCUGGAUAAAGUCGGCAAGGAAAAGGAACAGCUUCUGCGCCACCGCCAGCGACUGGAGCGCCAGCAGCACCAAGUUCAGCGGCAGCGGCGGCGGCACCAAGAGUGGCAGCUGCGACGGCAAAGAGAAGCGAGCGCACGCGUCGUGGCGGCGAGUGAGACGUCCACGCCGCUGCCCACCAUCUUCGUGGACAAAGCACCAGUCCCUCCGCUAACCCCGACAUUUGUAGCGGGCGACCUCGCUGUUUCUGCUGCCACCACGGCGGCGGAAGAGGUGAGUCGGUGGUCGCCCAUGUCGGCGCGUGGAGCCGGCAACGCCAGCAGCGGCCGCCGGUCCUCUGUCGAAGCCGCCUCCGACAGCGGCGCCGGAGUCGUCACGCUCUCCGAGUUCACCACGCCAGCGGCAGAGCAUCUGCCCACGCAGACUGUGCUGGGAUUACCGCCGCCGUUGUUGUUGACAGCCGGCCUUGCGAGUCGACACACAUCCGUCGAUGAGCCGAACGCGCCGUACGCGGACGACUUGACGGGCGUGUCGUCCAGCACGGAGUCGUCGCCGCGGCGCAGCUCGGUCGAGACGAACGACGGCAUUAGAGAGGGAGGCGGCGCGCUUCCGCGACGGGCGGACCCGGACAGUGACAUGGAUGCUGCCUCCGCGAUGGACCCCACCUGCGUGUUGUCCUCCUGUUCGGACACAGAUGACGACAACUUCACAGAGGCGGAAAGGGCGGAGGAAGCGCAAAUGGGAACGGGCGCUUCAGCCGGUGCCAAUGCGAGGCCCGGCAGCAUGGCGUACCCACCACCGCUCCUCACGGCUGCGUAUUACUACCAACGUGGGCUGCAGCACCGGCGCCGUGGGGAGCUGGAGGUCGCCAUUGAGGUGUACACCAAGGCGCUGGAGCUGAGCCCGACGCACUUCAAGUCCCUCUUCAACCGGGCCUUCUGCUACGACAAGCUGAAAGACUACGACCACGCCAUUGCAGACUACCGCAACGCCGUGAAACUGGAUCCCACGAACGCCUUUACGUGGUACAACCUUGGCAUCAGCUACGACCACAAAGGCAGCCACUCCCGCGCCGUGAAGGCCUUCACGCGCGCCAUCGAGCUGGACAACACGCGGCCAGACUUUUACCACAACCGUGGCUUCAGCAAGCGGAAGCAGCUGAGGUUCGAGGCGGCUAUCGACGACUACACCGCCGCCAUCACGUUGGACUCCAAUCACUUCAAGUCGCACUAUAACCGGGCAUACUGCUACAGCAAACUGAGCCGGUACGCCGAGGCGGCGGCGGACUACUCGGCGGCCCUCCGCAUCGACAGCAGGAACGCCAACGCGUACCACAACCGCGGUGUCGCGCUGGAGAAACUGGGCAAGCUGCAGGAGGCACUGGAGGACUUCACACGAGCGCUGGAGCGAGACCCCGUGCUGACGUUCUCGCUGAACGCGCGGGGUCUCGUGUACGAUCAGCUGCAACAGUACGACAAAGCGCUAACAGAUUUCACGAGGGCGAUUGAGUUGGACAAGCGCAACCCAGCCUGGCUGCACAACCGCGGCUACACCUACCGGAAUAUGGGUCAGCUGAAGCUGGCGAUUGCGGACUACACGGCAGCGAUAAAGCUGGCCCCGCACAGCUACACCGCCUACAACAAUCGCGCCUUUGCCUAUCGCAGGUUGGGGUGCUACGAGGAGGCGAUCGAGGACUACACCGUGGUGCUGCGGGAAGAGCCAACGGCCACCGUAAAAGCGCUGAACAAUCGCGCCUACUGCUUCGCGCGGCUGGACCUCUUCGACGACGCCAUACGCGACUACACCGAGGUGCUGGCGACGGACGCAGUCAACGCACACGCCCUGUACAACCGCGGGAUCAGCUACGAAAAGUGUGCCAAGUACAACGCCGCUGUCGACGACUUGACACGCGUGAUUCAGCUAGCCCCAGAGUCCACGGCGUCAGCAAACGCGUACUACAGCCGCGGCACGUCCCGACUGCAGCUGAACCAGGUGCCGCAGGCACGGGCUGAUCUCAAAAAGGCGCUGAAGCUGGAUUCCAUCGCCAGUGGGCUGCGUGGGCGUGAGUUGAAAGUGUUCCAGGCAGACCACCCCGCAGGCCACCUUCUGCAGAAUUUAGGCGUAGCCUGA